UCCCGCUGCCGUCCCUCUCAGCCGCCCAGGGCUUAGCUUAGGCUGGAAACAUCAUUGCUUUGACUCGCUCGCUUCUGCAGGAUGCCACACAAGAUCGGUUUUAUAGUUAUUAGUUCAUCGGGACACGAAGACGGCUUCAGCGCAAAGGAGCUGAUGGUUCAUGCGCCGACAGUGAAUGGAUGGCGAUCACCCAGACUCUGUCAGUAUCCACAGGAAAUCGUGCUGCAGUUGGUGGAGAGAUGUCGAAUACGAAAACUGCAGCUGCUUGCUCACCAGUACAUGAUUUCAAGCAAAAUUGAGUUCUACAUCAGUGAAAGCUUGCCUGAAUACUUUGCUCCUUAUCAGUCAGAGAGGUUUCACAGACUAGGUUACGUCCCUCUCUCGGACAAUGAAAAGACUGAUUUCAAAGCGCGAGAGUUAAAAUCUGUGUAUAUGGAUGCAGUUGGCCAGUACCUGAAGCUGAUUUUCCAUAAAAAUUAUGUCAAUAAAUACAACUUGUACGGGCAGGUUGCCCUAGUAGCUAUAAACAUUAUUGGAGAUCCAGCAGACUACAGUAAUGAUAGCAAUAAUAUUCCUUCGAGAGAGAAGCUGAUAGACCACUACUUAGGAAUUAAAUCAGAUGAUCCUGCCUUAGAUGGAACUUACCUUGGGAAGCCUGACUCCAUUUCACCUCUGGAUGAUUUGGCUUUUGACAUGUACCAGGAUCCAGAAGUUGCUCAGAUAAUACGCAGAUUGGAUGAGAAGAAGCGUGAAGCUGUCCAUCACGAACGCUACGAUUACGCCAAGAAACUCAAACAAGCUAUUGCAGACUUGCAAAAGGUAGGGGAACGGCUGGGACGGUAUGAGGUAGAGAAGCGCUAUGCUGUAGAGAAAGAGGAUUAUGAUCUUGCUAAAAAGAAGAAACAGCAAAUGGAGGCGUACCGCCUGAAGGUGUAUCAGCAACUGGAGCUCCACAACCUUCUGGAUGCAGAGCUGAUGAUUCGAAAACUGCCUGACUUGCCUUUGGAGCCUAUGAUUUAUACUAACAAUCCUCAGCACACACAAGCUACAAAUUCAUCCUGUGAGCACACAGAACUACAAAAAGAAGAGCCAGAGAAAGCGGAGCCUUUGCUGGAAGAGAAGUCACCAGAGCCCACUUCUACUCAGCCCGUUGUUUGCCAUCAGUCCCCUCCUCCUCCUGUGACUCGUCCCACAACCUCCCGGGAAGAGUUUCCCAAAGAAAGUGUUGAAUUUUUACCUUAUGAUGAGAGACCCCUUCCAGCUAUCUGUAAACAGACUGAUGAAGCAAUUGCGUACUUUGAGCCGGAGGUGACUGAAGAGGCCAUCAGUGACACUCCAAGAAGUGGCAUUACCGGGGAACCAGAACCAUUGGCUGAGAAGGCACUGAGGGAGGCCAGCCCUGCUAUUGAAGUUUUUGGAGAAGCUUUGGUUUCAGGAGCAUAUUCCAAAACUUGGUCGUAUCGAGAAGAUGCAUUGCUGGCUGUGUAUAAGAAGCUGAUGGAGGUGUCGGUAUACACUCCAAAGGAUGAUUUAAGGAACAUGCUGAGGGCUGCUGUUUUCCUUGUAAGAAGAGCCAUCAAAGACAUAGUGUCUUCAGUUUUUCAAGCUUCCCUGAAACUUUUAAAAAUGAUCAUUACCCAAUAUAUACCAAAACAUAAGCUAGGAAAAACAGAAACUUCUCAUUGUGUGGAAAAAACGCUUCCAAAUUUGCUUUCUAGAACAGGAGACUCUUCAUCCCGACUUCGCCUCGUGGCUUCUAACUUUAUUCAGGAAAUGGCACUGUGUAGUGAAGUUAAACCUCUUCAGAUUGUUCCAGUUCAUUUGGUUCAACCAUUAAAACCAAACUCCCCAACACAUCUGGCAAUGAGUCAAGCGGAAUUAGUAGAAUGCCUCUUGAAAGACAUGGGAACUGAAAACUCUGGGUUUACCAUCAGCAACGUCAUGAAGUUUGCAACAGGAGCUUUGGAACACAGAGUUUAUGAAGUUCGUGAUACAGCGUUGCGGAUUAUCUUUGACAUGUACAGGAAGCACAAGGCUGCUAUACUGGAAUAUCUUCCUCCAGAUAACGCGAAUGUUCGCAAGACUGUUCUCUAUAAAACGCUCUUUGACGGAUUUACUAAAAUAGAUGGUGAACCUUCUGAAGCUGAAGUUAGGGCACAGAGAAAGGCAGUAACAGAACAAGCAGAGAAACAGAAGAAGGAAGAAAUAAAAGUUCUGCAAGGUCAGCUGGCAGCUCUAAAGGAGAUACAAGCAGAAGUUCAAGCUGGAAAGGUUAGGGAGAAAGAAUCUGAUUUUCAGAAGCCAAAGAAUCAAGGUUACCAGGUAAACAAAAGCCCACAGCCUGCAGCAGAGAUGCCAGAUGAUCAUUCCUCUGUUACAAAUUACUUGGAUAACUUAUGUAUUUUUUGUGGUGAAAGGGAUGAAUCCUUCACAGAGGAAGGAUUGGAUCUCCAUUACUGGAAACACUGCCCUAUGUUAACCAGAUGUGAGCACUGCAAACAGGUGGUGGAAAUAGCAAGCCUGACAGAGCACUUGCUGACGGACUGUGAUAAAAAGGACAGCUUUGGGAAAUGCCAACGAUGCGGCGAGGCCCUUCCAAAAGAUGAAUUGCCCAAACAUGUUAAGAACAAGACUUGCAAUUCCGCUAAACCAGAAAGUGUGGCAAACCAUUGCCCGUUGUGCCAUGACAACUUUUCCCCAGGAGAGGAGGCCUGGAAAUUUCACCUAAUGGGCAAAGAUGGCUGUAAAAUGAAUCAACGGAGGUUGUGCUCAAUAAAUAAAACUCUUCUGCUGCAGCCUGGCAAAAUAGGUUUCCAGUAUUCAAGGAAACCAAGUCCUUCAGGAGCAAAAGCUCGAAUUCCCUCUAUAGGAAGCAAGAUCCCAACCCCAAAAGGGGGCCCAAAUAAAAGCGCUGGCAAAACAUACUCAAAGCGAUGACAGGACAAGUAUUUUUUUCCUUUGUCUUAAUAACGGAGCAAAUAGUUGUUAAUAGUUAUUUAAAAAUCAUGGGCAACUCAUAUGAUUUUUAUUUUUUUUUGUUUGACUACAUGGGGCUGUUUAUCAGCCUUGAGUCGUACCUGCCUAGUCCAGUAACUGCGGUACAUAACUUUGUGUUCGCUGUCUGUGCAGCACUCUGGUUUUCUCCUAGAAAUGCUCACGUUAGAAAGACGCAUAUGUUCUGGGACUGAUCUAGCCUGCCACGUUCCCUGUAUGGCGCAAGGAAGGCCGUGCACUGGUCUUUGACUGGUUCCUCAUAUGAAAAUAAACCUCCCCAGUGAGUAUGGAGCUGGCAUGGCCACGCUGCGUGGCUGCCGUCAGUCAGCUGUGCCCUAGUUAGUGGAUUACUCUGGGGCUGCGGUGCUGACAGUCUGGGUUUGAGAUCCAGUGAGGAAUUUCCUUUACAUCCAAAAGCCACAGUCGUUUGUGUUUUGUCUUUCUUCUGGGGAAGAGCAAGAAACCUACCCAGCAGAAGCUGUACUAGGCUUCCAGGAUGGAGCUGAAAAGCAUUUGUUCUUUUGGUCUGAGUGUGGUACUUGUUGGCAAUUGUAUAUUCUGAAAGCUUGGGCAGCGGUACACCUCUGUUGGCUGACUUUACCACCUGAUCACUUCAGUGUAAUAAUUGCAGAAUAUAUUGCUAAUAUAUUCUGCCAAAAUUGACUUUAUAAUGUGCUGAAAGUAAUAGUGUCAAUGAUUUUGUUUGUCUUGCCCCCAGACACUUGUGGUAGACAAAUCGGUCGCAAGUGAGCCUGUGUGUGCUGGUUGGCUGGGAGGUAGGCUCCCUGUGCGUUACGUCGGUGCGCUGGCAGAGAAUUCAUCAUAGUGAGGCUUGAGGAAACACCACUGAAAAUACGGAUAUGCAACGAGCAAAAUAGGCUGCUUGCAGCCGCACGGGUCCCUUUGAGGCGACAGUGAUGUCGGUACCUUAGCAGUGCCAUCCUUCAUCGCGAUGAUGUCCCCCAAGGUCCCUUCCAGCCCCUGCCAUUCUGUGAUGUGCAGCUGGCACAAGGUGAAAAGAAAAAUGCACGCACGCGGAGAAGGAAGUGCAUCAGACUAUACGAAAUGCGUAUCUUGGUUAUCUGAAAGACCUGUGCGAUCCUGUGGAGAUAAACUCUUGAACCAAUGAAUGGGUAAAAUAACAGUUCCAUAAAGCAAAGUUCUUCCUCGUGUGUGUGCUAGAAGAUAAAAAAAGGAGAAAUUGCAAUGUAGUCAAGGAAAGCUGUGGGGUUUGUGUUCCCACUGCACAUGGGAAAAUGUGUGGAUUUAUUUGCUUCAGUUAGGGCAUGUUUGCAAGUAGGGCCAGGAAUUGGAAAGCUUUUUCAAUUGUCUGCUCCUGAAGUCUGAUGAAGUAAGUCAAAGGAUCACGCUGUUCUUUGGUGACUGGUUUAGCCACUGUGCCAGGAUCUCGUGUAAGAAAGAAUUGGUGUGUGUUACCACAGCUGCCUUUUUCUUCCCUGUAUUUGUCACGAUGAACUUUGUCAGCUAAAACGGGGCAAGUGGAUAGCCAUUGUGAAAGCUUACAAGCCUGUUUAUUUGUGGUAGGCUCUAAAACUCUUGGCUCCUUCACUGGAAAUGGGAACAGUACUUUUCUAAAACUGACUGCUACCCUUGAACACCUCCUAAGCCAGCUGAAAGCUCUAAUUGACCUUGCAAGGAACGGGCCAUUAUGAAAUGUUUCCACUCAUUUUUAAAACGCUUAGAAACAUUAUUUUGACAGAUAACUUUGCUCUCCUUACUACGUCUGUAGUUUAUGAGUCCAAGUGUGUUAAUAGUGUCGAAUGGGAUGGAUGUCUCUUCCUUGGGUCUGCCGAGGCUCUGGGAGCAACACGAGCCGUGCAUGGCGAGAAGGGCUUUUGCUGUGCAAGCCUGGCCUCUACGUAUAUUUCAGGUUUAGAAUUUUAAGGGCAGUAAAGCAGUACCCAAAGUGCUACUCAGCACCCAGAAUUAGCACCAAAUACAAAAGCAAAGGGCUGGUUGGAUAUUGGCAUGUGAGGUGCCGUUGUGUUGGAAGCAGUGCGAAAGAGCUGCCCCGCGCCGCCUCUCUCGCUGCACACCAAGUGCCUUAUUAGUCUGCUUGACAAGGGGAUUACACUGAACCGCAAGAGCCCAUUUAGUUCAUAACAAGAGUGUGUAUCGGUGGAGCUGGUGUGAAAAUUAAAGUUGUGCUUUAAAAUAUCUCAGUUAAUUCUGAAAUAUCCCCCCAAAAUGGCCCCUUACAGAAAAGCACCUUAGUGGGGCCCUGAAAAGCUCAAGUUGAUAAACUUAGACCUUUUUUCCUGCUUCAGUGUACUUUCAGCUCGCUUCUAAAUCUAGCUCUAAUACUGAGUUUCUCUAGUUAGAUCUGGAUUGAAAUAAACUUCCAUGCAUGGCAGCAUGUGACCGUUUAACAGUUCUAAGGAGAACAGAUUCCUUCAGACACAAUGCGUGAAGCUUUGUACCUAAAGCGACAAUCCUGAUGUCUGUAACGCCUCGGCACUUGCUUUCCAGGGUAGAAUUAGUCGGUCCUGCAUCCAUGUACCCGCAGGUACAAGGCUGAGUCACGUAAUGCAAGUAGAAGUUUGGGGGGUUGGGUUCUUUUGCUACACGGGGUGAAUUGUUUCGUAUGCACAGCGCUGAUUUUGUCAGACGCAGUUUUUAUAGUUGGCGUGCAGCCCAUCUGCGAGCUUGUGAAUUUUACAGGCAGAUGGGUGCGCUUGUGUCCUGAAAGUCUUUAUAUAAAUUGUUU